UCCGAUCUGGGAGUGCUUCCCAUUUAAACAAACACGGUCUUGCCGAAGAUGGCGGAGAGUUUCUAGAGGCGUAAAACAAACUGGUGUACUCAAUGAAAGCGUCGAAGCCGGAGAUGUUGAGACAUUAAAGUGACACUAGACCCUGAAUGGAUUUUGACUGGGGCUUGUACUGGCUAAGGUGCUGAUGUGUGUUGAAGAUGAGUGGCGUCGGAGACAACUCGUUGGAGCCCCUGUGCUCCGACCGUAAGCGUAAACUGUCCACCUGUGACACUCCAGGCUUAGGGUGUGACAAGCGUCGGAGGGAACAGGAAAGCAAGUACAUCGAGGAGCUGGCUGAGCUCAUCUCUGCCAACCUCUCCAACAUUGACAGCUUCAACGUCAAGCCUGACAAAUGUGCCAUCCUCAAGGAGACAGUGAGGCAGAUCAGACAAAUCAAGGAGCAAGGAAAGAGUUCUUGCAGUGAUGACGAUGUUCAGAAGGCGGAUGUUUCCUCCACUGGUCAAGGGGUCAUUGACAAGGACCAUCUGGGGCCACUGCUCCUACAGGCCUUGGACGGCUUUCUCUUUGUAGUUAACCGGGAGGGCAGCAUUGUAUUUGUAUCGGACAAUGUGACCCAGUACCUGCAGUACAAGCAGGAGGAGCUGAUCAACACCAGCGUGUACAAUAUCAUCCAUGACGAGGACCGAGAGGAGUUUCACAAGAAUCUCCCCAAGUCUAAUGCACCCAAUGGAGCAUCGUGGGGUGGAGAGGCACCUCGUCAGAAGAGCCACACGUUCAACUGUCGCAUGCUGGUCAACUAUGUUCACGGUCAGACUCAUGGACUGCCAGAAGAAAGAGCGGGAGGCCAACGCUAUGAGACUAUGCAAUGUUUUGCUCUCACUCAGCCCCGGGCCAUGAUGGAGGAGGGAGAUGAUUUGCAGUCAUGUAUGAUAUGUGUGGCACGACGCAUCACUGCAGUAGAGAGGACAGAGAGGUUUAGCACUCGUCAUGAACUAUCUGGUAAACUGAUUGAAAUUGAACAGCAGAACUCUCUUCACACGACCAUGCGCCCAGGGUGGGAAGACCUGGUUAGACGCUGCUUGCAGAUGUUCAUCCAUCGAAGUGAGGGACAGCCGUGGUCCUUCAAACGCCACUACCAAGAUGCUUUCCAUAAUGGCCAUGCGGAGACACCGCUUUACCGGUUCUCACUCUCAGAUGGAACCCCUGUCACAGCUCAAACAAGAAGUGACCUCUGCAGGAAUCCCAGCACAAAUGAACCGCACUCUUUCCUCUCCACACACCUGCUGCAAAGGGAGCAUAAUGGUUAUCGGGGGAACCGUGGUGGUGGCAUGAGGCCUCAGACCAUGGGUAUGAACAACCCCAACCAACAGAUGAACAUGGGCCCAGGAGGUGGGAUGGCCAUGAACAGGGGCUAUGGUAUGACUGAGCAGGGCAACGUGCCACAAAGAGGAGUGCCGCCGUACACUGGGGGCAACCGGAUGAAUCCGAUGAAUCAAAUGAGUCCCAUCCAUCAUUCUAUGCAUCAAAUCAAUUCCAUGCAUCAGAUGAACAACAUGGGUCAUAUGAAUCAGAUGAAUUCCAUACAUCCAAUAAAUUCCCCCAUGAACUCAAUGAACCAAAUGGGGUCCAUGAAUCAGAUGGGCCAUCAUGGUAUGCAUCAGCAGCAACAGCAGCAGCACCAGCAUCAGCAGAUGGCCCCGUUCCAUGGACCUGGAGGUGGACCUGCAGGUGCAGGGUAUGGGAUGGGAAUGACGAGCCCUCCCCAAGCCAGUCCAGGGAUAAAUUGUCCUCCGCACAACGUCAUGGGUUCACCCAGAGUCCGAGGUAGCCCCUUCUCUCCUGGAGGUAUGAACUCUCCCAUGAGCUCCACUCAUGCUGGUAACUCAGGAGGUGGAGGAGGAGCUACCACCUUCUCCAGCAACUCAUUGAAUGCCCUUCAAGCCAUUAGUGAGGGAGUGGGCAAUCCAAUGCCUUCCCCACUCACUUCUCCUCCUCCUCACAAGCCCGACAGCUCCCCAAGCAUCAACUCUACCAAUCAAGCAGCAGGGGGACCCUGUAAACCUUCCCUCCCAGCCUACUCGGACUCCAGGAGCCCAGGCAGCUCACUGGGGACUGGUGGAGAGCAGCAGUCUCAGCAGCACCCACACACCCCCACCAGUGAGGGCCCUCCUGACAAGCCAGACAGUCAGGCCAGCAGAGAGGCAAGUCUGGGUGCGGGAGAAUCCAACAGACGGGUUCCCGACACAAAGUGCCACAAGAAGCUUUUGCAGCUCCUCACCUCUCCUACAGAUGAGUUGGUUCCAUCCAAUCACACAGCAAGCUCCGGGCCCAGCUCCACACCUGAGAGUAAAGACGCAACAGCUGGUGUCACCAGUCCCUCGUCCUCUACGGGAGUGUCAUCCUCUACGAACGGCAAUCAUGCUGCUGUUUCCUCCUCUGGUAGCACAGGAAAUGUAAAUAACCAGUCACUGCAGGAAAAACACAAGAUUCUCCACAAGCUCCUGCAGAAUGGGAAUACUCCUGAUGAAGUGGCUCGCAUCACAGCUGAGGCCACAGGAAAGAGCAGCUUGGAUUCUGGGGCACCAGAGCCAGGGCCUGCCACCAGUGGAGUGGGUAGGGGGUCAGAAUCAAAGCAGGAGCAGCACAGCCCUAAGAAGGAGAAGCCCAAUGCUCUCCUUCACUACCUCCUCAAUAAGGAUGACUCUAAAGAAGUGGGGGAGAUAAAACCAAAGGAUCUGGAUGGGAAAGGUGCUCAGGGGCCAGGGGUCACCAGCUCUGAUCACCAUAGCAUAGAAAGCAAGGUCAAGUUAGAGCCAGCUGAUGAGACCCUGGAGACCAUUCUAGGUGUUCCCAGGAACAACCCCGGCUUCUUCCCUGACUCAGAUCCCAGAGCUGGAAAGGAAACUGGAAACAAACAGGGAAAUAUUCCAGACAGUUUACACGAUGCAGAGAGAGCCUCCAUUCUUCCAAGUUCGCGUGUUGCCUAUCAAAGAGCCUUGUCCUUGGAUUCUAAACCCAUGAGCGGAGAGGGAGGAAUGGGAGGCGGUCUGGCCACAAGAAGAAAUAUUUCCUCUUCCACAAUGGUCAAACAAGAGAACAUGGACGUUCCAAUCCGAGGAGCUGUGCCUAAUGGCUAUCCUGCAGGCAUGGGUGUGUGUCCACCAAGAGGCAAUCCUACAAGAGGCAUGGGCAGAGGCAUAGGUAUUCCUCAGCGGCCUCCCAUGGCAGGGCCAGGGGAAUGGGGGAUGGCGAGAUCCAGCGGCAGCCCUGUAGCUGGACCAGGACACCCUGGCAUGGGUCGCUCUGGUCCACUGGGAGGACCCUUAAUAAACCGCUCCAUCAGUGCACCGGGAAACACUAGAUCUAUGCUGCAGCAGCAGCUCAUGGAUAUGGGUACCAGUGAUGCUAAUGUAGGCAUGAGCCCUUUUUCUGGACACGGUCCCCCACCUCAGUCGCCCUCCUGGCCAGACUCUGCCAUGGGAAUGGAGAGACCACAGAAUAACAUAAACAGGGACCCAUUUGCACACCCCCUGGAAGAACUGUUGGGGCCUCUGCCCAAUAGUGAAGGGCCAAGUGACGAACUUGUAGACCAGUUGGACUCUCUACUCAAGGCCGCUGAUGUCAGUACUCUUCAGGAAAUAGACCGAGCUCUAGGCAUCCCUGAAAUCGUAGGCCAGGCCCAGGGACCUGAGGGCCUUCAGCACAGCCAAGAUCAAAGCCAGGGUCCAUGCCCACCACCAUCGGGGCCAUUCCCAGGGCCUGAUACCUCCUUAGGCAUGGACCAAAAACCCAUGUAUGGCCAAGGCUACCCAGGCCCCCCCUCGAUGGGCAUGCAGCCUGGAUAUGGUGGCAACGCAAUGCCAGGCCAGUCUCCUGGAACCUUCAGCCCCAUGAUGAAUCAGAUGGGGCAGCCAGGGGGUUUCCCUGGCAUGGCAGGCAUGGGGGGUAUGGGCAACCCCCGCGCAAACAUGCCAAGACCUCGCAUGAUGACUGCCAACAAGCCUCUGAGACUUCAACUACAGCAGAGACUACAAGGACAACAGUUUAUGAACCAGGCACGACAAGCUGUGAAGAUGGAAAGUACCCCUGGAGGAAACCCUGUCAUACGCACAGGCAUGCAACCUGGCAUGGGUGGUCAGCCUGCUUUCCUGAGUGCCCAGGUGUUAGCUCAGCGCAGAGAGUUGCAGUUAAGAAGGCAGCGGAUGAUGAUGAUGAUUCAGCAGCAGCAGCAGCAGCAGCAGGGUCAGGGGGCAGCAGGUACCUUCAGCCCUCCUCCUAAUGUCACAGCACCAACAGGCAUGGAUAAUCCAAUGGGGGCCCCCCCCAUGAACCAGCCUGGACAGCAGGCUUUCAACUAUGGAGGCAACUACGGGAUGAACCAGCAGGGGGACCCAGCCUUCAUGACUCCAGGUUGCAGCCCACCAGGAAAUAUAAUGCCAGGAAGAAUGGGAGGUCCACCACAGAAUGCAAUGAUGCCAGGAAUGCAGGGAAAUCCACAGGGAGGGCACUCAUACCCAUCUGGAGACUUGAAAGGAUGGCCACAGGGUGGAAUGCCACGUAACAUGUCCUAUCCUCAACAGUUCCCCCAGCAGGGCAAUCAGGGCCAGUUUGGACCCAUGAUGAUGAACAACUCUAUGGGGGGACCCGGGCCGGUCAGCGGGGCUGGUGCAGGACAGAUGGCUCAAAUGCCAGGACAGAUGCAGGGUCAAAUGGGAAUGAACUCCAUGGGGAUGGGCCGAAUGCCAAUGGGACCUGACCAGAAGUAUUGCUGAGGACCUGUGGCUCAUGACAGAAUCCGGACCUUUCAGCUGUGGCAGAUUUAGCUGAACAAGGAGAGGAACUGGACGCAGACGCACACACACAUUCACCACACACACACACACACAGUAGAGUUCCCCCAGCAUAAAUUUUGACACAAAGACCUCAGCACAACAUGCUGCUCGCCCGAGAGGGUGUGGGCUGCAAGGACAAAUGAUUUGUGCUAGGUUUCGUCCGCACACAUGUAUACAGAAAUCCGAUAUGGCUGUGUGUUUGCACGUGCGUUUGUGUGUGACCUGAAGCUGUUGGGCAGUAUUCAGCGUCACAGCCAGACUGCAGAACAGGACUACGGUACAACUGGCUGUGGCUGCACUUUACCACAAGGCUUCUGUUUCGGGGGUGAGAGAUUGAUGCAAUAUUUCUUCAUUACAGCCUUACUAGAGAUUCAAUGCCUUCACAACAAUGUUUUUUUUUUUUUUUCCUUAUCCUUUGGAUGCGCCUCAUUCUAAAGUCAUUGGAAGCUAUAAGCACACAGUUUACUAUGUUAUGCAGAUUGGAGCAAUAACUCUUGCCUUUACGCUUUAGACUGUACCUGAGCAUCAUAAUCUCUGUUAUAAGCAAACAAAUGGUACUGCAGUAUUAGAUGUCUCAAAUGUUCUCUGUGAAUAUGAAUUGUAAAUAUUCUACAAUAUAUUAUCAAACAUGCUUUUUAAAGGCCCGUUCUUGCACAAAGUAUGAGACCUGGUUGUAUUUUUGUGUCCCAUAGGUCAAUGCUGAUGUGAUUGAUUUCCUUUUUUUUUUUUUUUUUUUUUUUCAUUUACAGAAUGCUUUUUAAUUUUUGAAACAAAACAAACAAUAAGGUUAUGUAUUACAUUUUUAGGCACUUUUUAACUUGCAACGAGUAUCUGAUGCGUUGAAGGUUUGAGCUUUGAGGCCCUCAGAAGUUUUAAGGGAGGCCGGUGAGAGUAAAUUCAUCUGGGCCGGGAUAUCAAGACUCCAAACCAUCCGGUUUUUGUUGGGGGUUUUUGUGCGGGAAGCUGCUUGGGGAUUUCUCUGCAGUACGGUUAAAGCAGGAAUACAUAUUCCUCAAUUCGCCCAACAAGCCUGGUUCUUGCAGUGUUCCCCCCUCCCAGGAGCAGCAGCAGCCUUGUCUGUCCAGCUUAUGUUUUGUUUUUUUUAAAUUGUUAUCAUUAUUAUUAUUAUUCACACCGUGUUCUGUUUCGACUGUUAUCAGCUCGCUGAAUCUACCUUUUCAACAUGCGCAAUCCAAAGAUGUUUUUCCACAUGUAUAGUUUCUGAGGUUUCUGGUGUACAUUUUUUACAUUAUCUGUUAUAUUAUUCUGAUGGUAAAUGGGUACAUAUCAUUGGAUCUGUAAAAGCUUUGGAUGGUUAUGGACAUGAGAUGGGUUGUUCCACAGUGGGAAAGUGAGGUGCAGUGGGGAGAGGACUGGAAAAAAAAAAAAAACACGCAUGUUUUGCUGUGAUGUAGAAAAAAAAACAAAAAAAAAACAUCCACUUUAAGACAUAUCAAUAUCUCAUCUAUUUUUCAGGAAACAACUUCAUCUUAUGUCCAGACUUUGUUACUUCAGGAGAAAAAGAAAUAAAAAAAGAAAUAUCUUGAA